CUACAAACUAAAGGAAACAGAGACAGAGACAGAGAGAGAGAGAGAGAGAGAGAGAGAGAGAGACUGCUGUCAUGUCUAACAGAAUCCUCCUGUUUUUCAUGGUUGGAUCGUGGCUGCAGUUUCCAACAGGGAGUGUCUACCUGGAGCGGGACCAGAGCCUAAAGAUCCCAGAGGGCUGGUACCAUGUGGGGCGAGUAGCCACGAAUGAAAGUAUCACACUGACCUUUGCCCUACGGCAGCAGCACGUUGACAAACUGGAGAACCUGGUGGAGCAAGUGUCAGAUCCAUGGAGUCCUCUCUAUGGUCACUACCUGUCUCUGGCUGAAGUAAGUAAUCUUAUCCGACCGUCACUCGAGUCCGUCGUCAAAGUUAGAAUGUGGCUGGAGAAGCAUGGAGUCCAGGAUUGUGACACGGUGCAGAGUGAAGAUUUCCUUCAAUGCCAAACACAGGCCAGCACUGCUGAGCGCUUGCUCCCUGGAACCCAGUUUCAUCGCUAUGCUAAGGGUGAACAGCGUGUCAUAAGGUCGUCCUCUCCGUACUCUCUCAACUCAGAAGUGGCACCUCAUAUAGACUUUGUUGGUGGGGUACACCGCUUUCCAAAACAAAGAAAGCUCCUGAAUCGUGAAAAAGCAGAAUUCCACCUUGGAGUUACCCCAUCUGUUCUAAGAGAAAGAUACAACCUAUCAAAAAGUGACAUUGGAAGUCACCCCAAUAACAGUCAGGCGUGUGCCCAGUUCCUGGAGCAGUAUUUCCACCCUUCAGAUCUCUCUGAAUUCAUGCACUUAUUUGGGGGGAGUUUCGAGCAUCGUUCAGUUGUUGAUCAUGUUAUUGGUCAGCAAGGAGGAGGACGUGCUGGUCUGGAGGCCAGUCUAGAUGUAGAGUACAUUAUGAGCACGGGAGCUAAUAUCUCCACUUCAGUAUUCAGCAAUCCAGGCCGCCAUGAGUCCCAGGAGCCAUUUUUAGACUGGAUGUUGCUGCUCAGUAACACUUCCAAGAUCCCAUGGGUCCACACCAUCAGUUAUGGAGACGACGAGGACAGUCUGUCCACAGCCUACAUGCAGAGGAUCAAUGUGGAAUUCAUGAAAGCUGCAAGUCGAGGCCUCACAAUUCUCUUUGCUUCAGGUGAUGAUGGUGCUGGUUGCAGAGAAAUCGCAAAAGACAAAGAUACAUUUCGUCCAAGCUUUCCAGCCUCCAGUCCAUAUGUAACAACAGUAGGCGGAACAUCUUUCAAGAACCCAUUCCAGGUUACCUACGAAGUGACGGACUACAUCAGUGGCGGGGGAUUUAGCAACUCAUUCGCUAUGCCACAGUAUCAGGCCAAUGCUGUGUCUCAGUACCUCCAGCUGGUCAAAUUGCCACCAGAGAGUUAUUUCAAUCGCAGUGGGCGGGCAUAUCCUGAUGUUGCAGCACUUUCUGAUAACUACUGGGUGGUCACUAACAUGAUACCUAUACCAUGGGUCUCCGGCACCUCCGCCUCCACUCCUGUGUUUGGUGGGGUAAUAGCUCUGAUUAAUGACUAUCGGCUGCAGAAAGGCCUUUCUCCGCUUGGCUUUCUUAAUCCGGCCCUGUACAGUCUGAAGGGCACCGGUCUGUAUGAUGUCACAGAUGGCUGCCACCUGUCCUGCAUUGAUGAUAUUGUUUUAGGUCAGGGAUUCUGUGCGGCUCCUGGCUGGGACCCAGUGAGUGGCUGGGGUACUCCAAACUUCCCAGAGCUGCUCAAAGCUCUUCUCCACUGAAAGCCCAGUAUCUGUGUGUAUCCAGCCUUCUGAUUGUCGUUGAUCAUCACCCCAUUUCCAUCUACUAAUUAUUACUUUCAGCCACCCUUUUCACAAACAGAGUGCCGAUAUUCACAGCCAUGGGUAGGAGUUCCAAUAUUCACAGCCACUACCACGGGUAGGAGUAUUGAUAUUCACAGCCACGGUUGGGAGUGCAGAUAUUCACAGUCACGGCUGGGAGUGCCGAUAUUCACAGCCACGGGUGGGAGUGCCGAUAUUCUCAGUCACGAGUGGGAGGACCGCAAGGGUCAAGUGCUGGGGAAAAAAGUGUGGUGACCCAAGAUCCACCCACCCCACCAAAAUAAAAUAAUAAUAUACACUCAUAUGCAUAUAUAAACACACACACUCACACACAGACACACAUGCACACACUCACAGAAACACACAAAUAAUUUAUAUUUUUAACAUUUACAAAAUGUCCAACCAGCCUCACUACCUAGAGAGCUGGCGUGGACCUGUCCCUGGGGUCCACUGGAGCUUCAGUGAGGCGGGUGCUGUCUACCUGUCAGACGCGGCGAGGGAGCAGAUCAGAGAGAACACAGCUCCCUCGCCGCGUCUGACAGACAGCUGCCAACCGGGGGGUCCAUUAGGUGGCCAUGACAGGGGGAACACUGGGGGAAUUUGGGGGCGGAUUAGUGCCUGCGGGAGCAACAGGAACAGCGUUUCUGCUGUGAAAAAGUGCAGGAACGCCGUUCCCACGUGUUCCUGCAGGAUCCAAGCCAUGGAGUACAGAUAUUCACAGCCAUGGGUGGGAGUCACAGCCACGGGUGGGAGCACCAAUACUCAGUCACGGCUGGGAGUGCCGAUAUUCACAGCCACGGGUGGGAGCACCGAUACUCAUAGCCAUGGGUGGGAGUAUCGACAUUCACAACCAUGGGUGGGAGUAUCGACAUUCACAGCCACGGGUGGGAGUAUCGACAUUCACAGCCACGGGUGGGAGUAUUGACAUUCACAAAUACAGGUGGUAGCACCAAUAUGCACAGUCACGGGUGAAGGUACCAGCAUUCACAGCCACAAUUGGGUUCAUGGGUAUUCACAGCCAUGGUUGGCAGUUCCUAUAUUAUUGACCAUGGUUGGGAGUGCCUUAUUAUUGACUGUGGUUGGGAGGGCAUGUAUUCAUGGCCAUGGUUGGGAGGGGCCUUUAUUAUAGCUCAUGGCUUGGAGCACCUACAUUAUUGUCCAUGGUUGGGAGCAUCUGUAUUAUUGGCCGUGGUUUGGAGUGCCUUAUAAUUGCCUGUUGUUGGGAGCUCCUUAUUAUUGGCUGUGGUUGGGGGUGAAUAUAUUAUUGUCCAUGGCAAGGAGUGACUGUAUUAAUGGCUGUGGAUGGGUGGGUAAACUAAUAUUCACAAUGAAUUUACACUCAGGAGCUUUAUAGACUACCCUAAAUAAUGCGCACCUCAUUAAAAGGAUCCAGAGGACAAAUAUAAUAAUCUCAUUCAGGAACUGAAGAUAAUAUGCUGUGGGCUCAGUUUCUUUAGACUACUUACCUUCACCACUGUCCACAAUGCAGAUUAUACCCAGAGAGUAUUAUAGGACAGGUGGCUGAAUGCACUUUCCCUCUGUAACCUGCGUACGUUGGUGGUGGUACCCACAUCGGUGCAAAUGCUAAAUAACUAUUUCUUCCUGUGCUUGGUGAUGGAAGGACAUUAAUGGGGUUCCAGAGGGUGUAGUCUAGUGCUGAAUAUUUCAUGCAUUUUGUUUUAUAUUGUUCAUUGUCUUUGAAUUGUCCACAAAUAAUUUGAUCAUUCUGCUUCCUCUGUGCUAAAAUCAAAUCCUUGUACUUCGUUUCUGAUCGUGCAGAGGUUUUAGAAAUAGGUCAAUGGGUCGAUUAAAGACGGGCUUGGAGAGAGCAAUCAUAAAUACGUCAGGUUAUAUUUUAAGAACCAAACGAGCAAUUUUUGGCAAACAGUAGAACAACGCUGUUGUCAGUUUGCUCCAUACUUGCCUUAUUCAAUGUUUGUGGAUUGCGAUUCUGCACACUACACCCUGGCUUUCCGUUAUUUGCAGUGAGCUCGUUACAUAAAAUUGGAAAUUCGUUAGAGUGAAAGAGAAACAAUUAAAAUCUAAUCAUUUCAUAAACUCUGACCUCUAUAAACAUGUAUUACUAUAAUUUAGGCUUCUUUUAAGUUUAAUACCAACCGAUUUCAUCCACCUUGCAUAAUAAUCUAACAGCUCGGUGGUUCUUGGUUUUCUCAGGGAGUGUGGUCUUGGGAUCUCUUGAUUAGAGAGAUCUGAGCAGGACACACAGAUGUUCAUACAAAAUGUGCGUAUCACAGGCAGAUGCAGCUCGUCAUUUGGUAUUUUACGAGAUGGGGUUAAAGACCUUUUCCCUCCUCAUAUGGACUCCAUAAAUCUGUUCACAGAAACUGUCCCAGUAACUGGCCAUACCUCCACGGACCACCCCUCAGAUGGCUGCUAGAAGUGCUUCCUGGGGCAGUGCUGCACAGUGUGACUGACAUUCAGUGUCUCCUCUGCAUGGAGACACUGAACUUUCCUCAUAGAGAUGCAUUGAUUCCAUAUAUCUCUAGGAGGAGAUGCCAAUUGGCCAGUGCUCUGUUUGGCUCCAACCACCUCCGUGGCUGAGAUCAUUAGAACGGACAAUCUCAGCCGAUCCAGUGCUUUCCUAAGGGAAAACAUCAGUGAUUGUCUGAGAUAAUCACUACUGCUGAUGUCAGCCAAGGAUGCAGAUCGAGGGCGGGGCCAGCAGCAUAUAUUUAGGAGAGCAAGGGAGGACUAGAUAGUGUUCCUUUAACCCCUUAAGGACCAAACUUCUGGAAUAAAAGGGAUUCAUGACAUGUCACACAUGUCAUGUGUCCUUAAGGGGUUAAACUUCUGUUUCAAGGGGUAACGUUUCCAACCCUGUUAUUUCCUGUAUUAAGGACACAAAAUGUGUUGCUAUAGCCCCCAACCAUCUUCUGCCUGUUGCCAGCGUCAUUCUGCCUAUUCUACAAGAACAGAGGUCAAGUGUGAAAUCUCAAUUGCUGGAUGAGGAAUAUUCUUGGAAUUAAUAAAUGAAUUGAACUAUGA